AUGCUUGCCCGCGUUGCCGCCCGCUCUACCGUUCGCGCGCCCCGCGCUGUCCUCACCCCCGUCGCGGCGCGCUUCUACUCCGAGAACGCUUUCAACAAGAAGGAGAAGGCCCACGAAGACCAGUACGCUCGCGAGCACGAGAAGGCUGCGCUCGAGAAGCUGAGGAAGCAGAUCGCGGAUAAGCAGGCCGAACUCGAGAAGCUGCAGAAGGAGCACGACUCGCUCGACAAGAAGCAGUAA